UCACUUACUUUCUCUCUAAUUCUGAUGUGUACCUGAUAGAUAUGGAGAACAGUCAGAUUCCUGGUUGCUAAAUGAAGCAAAGCUGCCGGGUUAAUCAUCUUCUUUCUGUACGAUGCUAAGUGUAAGGACAAGGGCCAAAGAACAGAAAGCAAAUACCUUACUCUGCGAUAUCAUCGAGGUGGACUGUAUGGAGAUUUCUUUACGUACAUGAAUAAGUGAGUGGCCGAGAAGAAUCAAAAGUAACAAUGUGUUCCAAGGUGUUUAUGUUUCUGAUUGGAGCUGUGUACGUCUACUAUUCGGUCCUUGCAGCAGAAGAUGUCUUCAUAGCUGAGCUGAUGUUGGAGAGUAAUGUCACGCUGGAAGCCCAGACCAUCCUCUCAGUUUUCAGUAGGACAGAUGACCUCGAAGUGAUCGAUAAAAGUGGAGCUUCCCACACAGUGACCCUCUUACAAAAUGAACUGGUAGCAGAUUGCCUGAUUGUUGGAGAUAUAUUCAGUUGCAACUGCUCUGACGGAUACAUUUGGAGCAAUCAAGUGUGCUACGAUUACCAGUGUUGCAGAGAAACGACUUGCACACAAAACGUGUCCCACAUCAUGCCACUCUGCAUCGCCAAAGUCAAAGUUCACAUCAAUGGAUCAGUCAUACUGACUGAAAGCACCUGGGAUAGCAGCAAAAACACCAUGCUUGUAACUGCCUUCGAAGGACUGAAUGGCUUUGAGUCCCUUAAUGUAACCGUUCUAAGGCAGGGCAACAGCAUUGCUGACUUUGAGGCAGCAGUCAGUGUCAAGUUUGACACUUCUACACUUCAAAGCAUAAUCACAAACCUGGAAACCCAGCUUAAAGCUGUGCUUUGGGUCGACACUGAAGGAAUGGUUACCAUAGAGUCGCCCGAGGGUGCGGUGUGCUACCUCUCCUCUCCAGAACUGAAAUGCUUAUUUGAGGAGGCGACGGGCAGCGCCGGCUGGAACAUGAGCAAGAAGCACGAGCGCUUCGAGCUCAACAACGGCAGUGUGGUGAAACUGAACCACAACUGCUCCACACCGGAAUACAAGUCUUGUGUUGCAGUUACGCUCAAGAACCUGACAGGGAUCUGGACAGGCACGUAUGAGUGUGGAUUUACUAGGGGGUCAGUCAGACACAUAGCCAAGACACAACUGAGUGUGGCGCUCCUCCCUGAUGAGAUCACCCUGAACAUCAACCCCCUCGCUGUGGACUGCUCUGAGGGCGAUAAAAGUGCCAUCGAAGUUGCCAUCACUGCCACCAUCCUAAACAGCACAGAGAAUUUUGAUGUUUGGUGGAGCUACAUGGGUGAAAAGAAAUCUGAACUGUUUAACAGAUCUGAUGGAGAUCACCUGGUGUAUGACUUCACUGCUUCUGUUAGCUGCCAAAAAACCAUGGAUGCACAAUAUGUCAUGGUCACUUUUAAAAACAAAAAGGAACAGGAAAAAAGUGCACGAGUGGAUAUCCCAGUCAUUUAUGCGGGUACACAGUUUUGCGAUGAGGAUGAUGUAAAUGGAGAGAUAUGGCCCAAAGCCCCAGCUGGAGACACAGUGAUUAAUCGAACAUGUGCGGAGGGCAGGGUUGGCUAUAAGUCACGCACUUGUGAAGGCACCAGCUGGGACCUAGUGUUCAACUACUGCAUCAGUCAAGAAUUGAGGAAAAUUUUAAAUGCCGCAGACAACUUCCUCAAGGGCCUCGGGGCUUCCCAGAAUGUGGCCCUGGAUAUAUUUAAUGGACUUCAGAACACCACCACAUUUGAUUCUGAUGCCAGUGACACUAUGGCCGAAAUUACCGGUUCCAUCAGCGUGCUUUAUGUGAUGGCCACUGCAUCAGAAAAUGUUCACUUGCAGGAGGAUGUCUUGCCUGAUUUUGUUAGCGCAACAAGCAACAUCUUGAACAAGACCUGGGUUGGGGUCAACGAGUCUACUGUUCACAACAUGUCAUCAAAUUAUCUUCAAUCUGUGGAAGGUCUAGUGAAGAACAUUAAGGUCAACAAGACGAAUGAAAUCAACAGCCAAAACUUGGAGCUCAAACUCUGCUCAACUCGUGACUGUAAUGUGUCCGCGUUUGAUGUCAGCGUGAACCUAAAUAAGACCAAUGGAAUAAUGAAAACUGUCGCUGUGAAAAAUCUAAUGGAUAAAUUAAGAAACAACUUCGGCCAAACUACACCUACCAGCCUCUUGCUAUUGGCCACACUAGAGGACAACAAUGAUUCAUCGCUAGAAAUUAAACUGGACUUCCCCAAGGAGCAGCUGAAAGCCAAUAAACCUUUCUGCGUCUUCUGGAACACUACAGAGAAUGACUGGUCAGAUGCAGGAUGUUUUGUCAAAACUAGUGAUGGGAACCGUACAGUCUGCGAGUGCAACCACCUGACUUCAUUCUCUGUCCUCAUGGCCAAGGGGGAUGUAUCUACAGACGUCCUAGAUAUGAUUACCAGUGUGGGCUUGGGUGUGUCCAUCUGCUCCUUGCUGAUCUUCCUCAUCAUUGAGUAUCUAGUGUGGUCGGCUGUGGUCAGGACUAACCUCUCACAUUUCCGCCACACAGCCCUGGUGAAUAUUGCCAUCUUCCUCCUGCUCGCUGACUGCAGUUUCUUGGCUUCCACUUCUCCUGAGACUCUCAGCGACACCUGGUGUCUUGUUUUUACCUUAUGCAAACACCUGUUUUUCUUAGCCAUGUUCAGCUGGAUGCUGUGCAUGAGUGUCAUGCUUGUCCACCAGCUCAUCUUUGUCUUCAGCCCGCUGAGAAAAAGAGUCUUCAUGUUCAUCUCCAGCAUCGUAGGCUAUGUUUGCCCAAUCCUGAUAGUGGGGUCUAGCUACGUGUAUUGCAAAUACACCAACACGUCUUACCACGACUCGACCACAUGCUGGCUAGUUUUUGAGAGACUGUUGGAGGGCUCUAUACAUGCUUUCCUCCUCCCAGUGGGAACUGUUAUUUUGACAAAUCUCUUUUCCAUGGUGGUCGUCAUUGUUACUCUGGUGAAGUCCUCUGUCCCUGAUGGCAACAAGACAGAUGACAAGGAGACAGCUAAAAGUAUCCUCAAAGUGGUGGUUUUUCUGACACCCAUCUUUGGAAUAACAUGGAUUAUUGGCUUCGCUCAGCUUAUGUUGGACGCAGACAGUCCCAUGUUUAUUGUUGCUCAAUACAGUUUCACCAUCCUCAAUUCCUUCCAGGGCCUUCUCAUUUUACUAACAGGGUGUUUUGCAGAGCAGAAGGUUCGGGAGGAACUGUUAAAGCUCAUAAUGGCAAAAUCAAAAGGAAAAAGUGAGAGCAUGAAAAAUUUGACCUCAACCGCAUACACAAAAGACAAGUGAAGACUGAGAUUGUGAAGACGGAAACAGCAACUCACAUGCAUGCAGCUCCACUUCACCAGGCAACUGGAAAGUACAUCGUAGAGUUUGCUGUGUGUUAAAUUACAGAUCCUAGAUGGUUACAAAUGUGCAGCUGGUUGUCUAAAACCAGGCUCAUAUUUAACUGAAGCUUAAUAAAUAGAACCCUGAUGUUUUGAUAAUAUCUAUAACCUUGAUAGAAACAUUAUUAGUAGUAGCACAGGUACUAGCACUGAUUAUCAUCAUCCUCUUCUGAGGCUGACAAGGAUUUCACAUUAAGUCAAAUCCACAUUUACAUAUUACUCCAGGGAGUAAUAUGUAAAUGUGGUUAAUGUAUAGACUUUCUUCACUUGCAUCACUCCAUUUUCUUCACUGUAUGUACCGUUUAAUUGGAUGUUGUGUAUUCUGCAUGCCGAGAUUGUGAGUGCUGACUUUACAUAGAACAAAACAGACAAGUUUGGCUUGGUUUGAUAAUUUUGAAUAAAAGGACAGU